GCGCCCGCGGAGCUGGGCCAUGAGGUUUCCUUUGCCUGAUCUGUAAACAUGUCCACAGACCUGCUCUGGUGUGAGGAUUGCGGUAAAAGCCUUAUAGGAGAAUGCAAACUCCACGGACCACUCAUCAGGGCUAAAGAUAGGGUUAUUCCCAGCCGAGCCCGUCUCACCCUACCUCACUACCUCACUUUGCGAGUGUUGGAGCUGAGAGCUGGAAACCAACAGAUCCUUGGUGUAUUUGCAAAGAAAGUAAUACAGAAGAGAACACAGUUUGGCCCUUAUGUUGGUCAACUGUCUACAAAACUGACCUGCUAUGAUGAGAGCAGACUAGUCCUGCAGGUAUUGAAAGAUGGAGGGAAGUACUUUCUGGACACUCCCAAUGAGGACUGUGGAAACUGGAUGAUGUUUGUCCGGCUAGCCCGGAACCAAGAAGAACAGACCCUUGUGGCUUAUCAGCACUGUGGAGAAGUUUACUUCACAACAGUUAAGCCAAUUGAACCCCACACAGAAUUAAAAGUAUGGUAUGCUGCCGAUUAUGCCAAAUUUAUGGAAGCUUCUGCAGUCUUCAUUAAAGAAGAAUCAGAUGUGUCUCCUUUGCCUUCAGUAGCAAAAGAGCCCGUAGACCCUUGGAUAUGCUCCAGCUGUGGAAGCACUUUUGCAACUUUUGCUCUGCUGGAAUCUCACCAGUGCAUCCAUAAAGACCGAGUGCUUCCUACAAGAUUCAGACCACCAAAUAAAUUGGGACCUGUAAAAGCAAAAAACAAACUCAAAGGGAAACUGAGAGGAGCAUCAUUAGGCAAAAGCAUUACUCAAUGCUUUGGGACCAUUUCCUGUUCCUCUGCUGCAAAGUUCAGCUGUGCCAGCUCAGGAAGCACUUGUGGUGCUCUCGUAAGGUUUAUACCUAAAUGGAGAAAUGGUCGGUCUUCACUGCUGAAGGGAAAAGAAGUGAAGCAGCCAGAUAGUUAUCCCUGCCGACUCUGUGGGAAGAUAUUUGAUUCCAUUGACAAGCUCACAGUCCACACUUAUGCGCACAAAGGGGAGCGUCCCUUCAAGUGUUCACAGCACGGAUGCACAAAAGCCUUCAUUUCCAAAUAUAAACUGCUCAGGCACUCGGCCACUCAUUCUCCACAGAAAUCUCACCAGUGUGGCUACUGUGAAAAGACCUUUCACAGGAAAGACCAUCUAAAGAAUCACCUUCAGACUCAUGACCCCAACAAGAUGGCCUUCAAGUGUGAAGAGUGUGGCAAGAAGUACAACACCAAGCUAGGCUAUAAGAGACACUUGGCUCUUCAUGCUGCCACCAGCGGGGACCUCACCUGUAGGGUGUGUGCCCAAGAGUUUGGUGGUACUGAGGUUCUGUUGGAACACCUCAAAAGUCAUGCAGGGAAGCCUACUGGCAACAUGAAGGAAAAGAAACAUAAGUGUGACCACUGUGAGCGUCACUUCUAUACCCGUAAAGAUGUGCGACGUCACAUGGUGGUUCACACAGGCUGCAAAGACUUCCUGUGCCAGUUCUGUGCCCAAAGGUUUGGGCGGAAGGACCACUUGACACGCCAUACUAGGAAGACUCAUCCACAGGAACUGCUGAAGAGCAGGUUGCAGAAUGGUGACUCAGUGGGUCUUCUUGACCAGCUCUUUUCAUACAGACUGAAGGAAGAUGCCAACAUGCUGUCCCCUCUUCCUGAAAGGGUCCCUGUGCCAAAUGGGAUUGUGAAUAGUUCAGAAACAGAGGAAUACAACUGUUCACAUCUUCAUUCCCAGUCGAGCUUACAAACUGCUCUUCCUCUUGAGUCUUCUCCUCACUUGCAAAGGAUGGGCUGUGCAGACAGCCUCCCGGCUGUCCCUUCCACACCAUGUUCAGCAGCUGUCCCUAUCAACCUGAACCUUCAUCAGCCUAACAAAUAUGACCUUAGUUCUACCUCAUUUGCCGCAGGAUCCCUCAAGAAUCUACCGAUAAAAGUGGAUGUUAAAGGUUACAAUGUGCAUCUUCUUGAGGACCUGCCGUUACCAGAACCUCAGUCUCUCCACAAAAUCAGUAUGGAAGAAGCUUCCUCAGGGCCUGUAGGGGAUACUAACAAGUACCCAGUGCACAAAGAGACAGAGGCAGCAGCUGAAACUGCAAGCCUGCCUUUCAUGGAUCUCACUCAUGUGAUGGGUUUCUGGCAACUCCCACCAGGUGACAACCAGAACACUAUUGGGGACAUCACAAUGGCAUUUGGCUCAGAGGAACCAUCACACAGGCUGAAUGGCCUUUGCCAACAGCAAGGUUUUCAGCUAGCAACUGGUGGGAUGGCCAUAAACCAGCUGCAUCAUGUUCCUCGCUCCUUUCCAUCCACUACAAAUUCUGCAACAUUGCCUCACUUUCACCAUGCCUUCAAGUAACCAUCAUCCUGUGUGGGUUUUUUCCCUUUUUUUUUUUUAAGAUUGUGCUUCUUACUAAAAUCUGUUAGGACUGGGGUGUUUUUGUUUGGUUUUGAAGAAAAACUGCCCCAGAUGUUUUCAAAGCACGUUAUGAAAGUGGUAGUUAAAUUCAGGAUGUUAAUAAACAAGAAACUCUA